AUGCUCCUUCACCUCCUUCUUAUCGGGUUGCUCUGUAGCUUCACUGCGGCCAACAGAACUGCCCUUCGCAUUCUCCCCCUCGGAGACUCCAUCACAUACGGUUACAACGAGCCCAGUGGUAACUCCUACCGUCGAGCCAUCGAAUGUCUGCUUCACAAUGAUGGACACCCAGUUGAACUCAUCGGAUCUGUCAAAAACGGCAAUUGGGAUAACAACGAAAGCGAUGCCUUCAAUCUCAACACUACCGACGAGAUCCUCGCCCACGCUAGGACGGAGCUGACAAGACACAUCUCCCAACCAAAUGUCAUUCUUAUUCACGUGGGAACGGUUAAUUUCGUCGUCGGAGCCAACGUGACAGAUGCCCCUGCUCGAUUAGCGCAUCUCAUGGACUUCAUCACGGAACACAACCCGGCUACGUUACUGGUCGUGGCGCAGUUGAUACCGAAUGCGAAUGCCACAGUCAAUUCCUUCAUUGAUCAGUAUAAUGCAAAGAUUCCUGAUCUGAUUUCGUUGAGGGUGCAGGCUGGACGGAAGAUCGUAUUGACGCCAAUGGAUGGCGUGAAGACGGAUGAUCUUCUCGAUGGAACGCAUCCCAAUGCGUAUGGCUACUAUAUAAUGGCUCGUCAUUGGCACGAAGCCAUCCUCAAGGCAGAGCGGAAUGGUAUACUCAGCCCGGCGAGAGGACCUUUUAUUGACAAAGAUUGACGGU